ACAACUCAUCGUAGGCCCAGCUUGGUCCAAAUCCCCUUCUUCCCGAACAACCUCCACCGCCGGAGGCCGGACGAAGGGGGACCUCGCAGGUUUGCGCCACCGCGUCGCUCGCCGGCGUUGACUCCCACACCACCGCGAACUAUCCCCAAGUCACCUACCCCCUCCCCCCAGCAGACCACGCCCAAAUGCCGCCUCAAGCUUCCCCCACCCCCACCACCGGCUCCAGACGCUCCGUCUACCUCCUCCUCGCGGCGCUCGCGGUGGCCCCCUUCUUGCUCCUCCUCCUCAACGGCGGCGCCUCCCAGUCCGCCCUCUGCCGCUCCGUGCCGGCCUCCCGUCGCAUCACCUACCCGUCCGUCCUCUGGUCCCGCGUGCCGCCGCUCCCGGGGCUCCCCUCCUCCCCGCUCCCCGCCCUCCGCGCCUCCCACUGGAUCAUCUUCUCCGCGUCGCCCCACCACGCCCUGGCGGCCGUCCCCGGGUGGCAGCUCCUGGCCGUCGCCGACGAGUCGACUCCCCCCGACUGGUCCCACCCCGGCGCCGCGCUGCUCACCCUCGCCGACCAGGCCAGCCUCGGCUUCCGCUCCGUCGCGCUCCUCCCCGCCCGCGGCCACGCCCGCAAGGUCGCCGGGUACCUCUUCGCCGUGCAGCGCGGCGCGCGCGUCGUCUACGACGCGGACGCGCGCAACUCCGUCGCGGGCAGCAACCUCACGACGCAUUUCGAUGUCGAUCUGGAGCAGCACCAAGGGGAGGUCUCCGUUCUGCUGCAGUACAGCCACGCCGAUCCCAACCGCACGGUCGUGAACCCGUAUGUGCACUUCGGGCAGCCGUCGGUCUGGCCACGGGGGCUGCCGCUGGAGAAGGCCGGGGAGGUGGGCGCAGAGGAGUUCUACACGCAGGUGUUCGGCGGCGCGCAGUUCAUACAGCAGGGGCUCUGCAAUGGCCUCCCAGAUGUUGAUGCCGUGUUCUACCUCACUCGGAAGUCAUUUCAGAUGGAGGCAUUUGAUGUCAGAUUUGAUGCAGGUGCACCUAAGGUUGCAUUGCCGCAGGGGUUGAUGGCACCUGUCAACUCACUCAACACGCUGUUCCACUCGCAGGCAUUCUGGGGUCUUGCAUUGCCGGUCUCGGUGAGUCCAAUGGCAUCAGAUGUUAUACGAGGUUAUUGGGCGCAGAGGAUAUUGUGGGAGAUUGGUGGUCAGUUAGCGGUAUACCCGCCGACUGUGCAUCGCACUGAUAACGUGCAUGCUCAUCCGUUUGAUGAUGAGAAGGAUAUCCAUGUCAAUGUUGGGAGGUUGAUAAGUUUCCUGAUGGAGUGGCGGUCGAAGAAACGGUCACUGUUUGACAGGAUUCUUGAUUUGAGUUAUGGGAUGGCAGAGGAGGGUUUCUGGGGGGAGAAGGAUUUGCAUUUCAUGGCCGCGUGGCUGCAAGAUCUGGUUGCUGUCGGGUACAGGCAGCCAAGGUUGAUGUCAUUGGAGAUCGAUCGUCCGCGAGCAACCAUUGGACAUGGGGAUAAGCAGGAGUUUGUCCCCAAGAAACUGCCUUCUGUCCAUCUUGGCGCAGAGGAGAUUGGGGAAGUAAGCACCGAGAUUGGCAAUCUCAUAAAAUGGAGGAAGCACUUUGGUGAUGUUGUGCUUAUAGUACAUUGCACUGAACCUGUGGUUCGGACUGCACUCGAGUGGCGGCUUCUUUAUGGUCGGAUAUUCCGGGCAGUAGUUAUUCUUUCAGAGCAAGUCAAUGCAGAUCUUGCUGUCGAAUUCAGCAGCUUGGCACAUGCAUAUAGGUACUUGCCCAAGGUGUUUGAUCAGUUUGCAGGCGCCGAAGGAUUUUUAUUCCUUCAGGAUCAUAUGGUCCUAAAUUAUUGGAACCUAUUGGUGGCUGAUAAAUCCAAGCUCUGGAUAACUAAUAAGGUGAAGGAAUCAUGGUCAGAAGUCCCUUUAGGUGGAAAUAAAAUUGAAUGGUUCACAAACCAAGGAGAUAUGGUAAAAAAGGCAGUUGGCAGCUUUCCAUUUCAUUAUCAAGACAAUUACAAAAGAAGCGUAGCCGAAGAUACGUUAAUUCAUUGCAGCAGUGAGAUAUUCUACGUACCUCGACAGUAUGCUGGUCACUUCUCUAAUCUUGUUAAAGUUAUUGGAAAUCUAGACAUUCAUCACACUGUUGCUGUCCCCAUGUUGUUCCUUGCGAUGGAUCUACCAAGCAAUUUCGAGCCCAGAGCUUUGGGAAAACUUGUUUAUAUGGCAAACUUGCCAUCAAAUACCACCUUCUCAACAAUAUACACUGCUGAAGCGCAUGCAGUGUACCCUAUGAAGGUUCAGAAUGAAAUGGAUUUUGUGAGCCUAAUCAGAGUCAUGGCUUCAGGAGAUCCCUUCCUGAUGGAGCUGGUCUGAUCUAUGGGUUCGCUAAAGUUGUAUACUUCGGGUUGGGAAGGGCAACAAAGCAUAGAUUGUUAAAGGUACUGUUUUGUUCCUCUUCAUCCUCCCUUUCAGCUGUAAGUUGAACUUAACAACCAUAUUGUUGAGUACGGAUAAUUUGAGUGCUACAUGAUCUCA